GAGGGGACGGGGGUAUAAAUGGAGGCCGGUGGGCAUUCGCAAUCCCACGGUCUGCUAGCUCCGCAUCACCAGCCGCCUUCAAACCCACGACGAACCCUGCAGCCAUGGCGCUAAACGGAACCUGGAAGGUCGACCGCAACGAAAAUUACGACAAGUUCAUGGAGCAAAUGGGCAUUAACGUCAUGAAGCGCAAGCUGGGGGAGCACGACAACCUGAAGCUCGUCAUCGAGCAGACCGGGGACAAGUUCCACAUCAAGGAGUCCAGCACUUUCCGCACCAAGGACAUCGACUUCACCCUGGGCGUGGAGUUCGAGUACACCAUGGCCGACGGCACAGAACUCAAAGGCACGUGGGUGAUGGAGGGCGACGCGCUGAAAGGCAAAUUCACCAGGAAAGAUAACGGCAAGAUCCUGACCACCACCAGGGCCCUGGUGGGCGGCGAGCUGGUGCAGAGUUACAACUACGAAGGAGUGGAUGCUAAGAGGAUUUUCAAGAAGCAAUAAUCUGGAUUCUGAAGUUCAUAUUUUAUUUUUCUAUAGGCAACGCCAUGUUUUUUUUAAAAAAAAAAAUAGGCUCGGUUGACUGAGAUUUUACGGCAUAUACCUCAAAACGUUGGCAUUUUACAUAGUUUAGAGCGGAUGCAUCGCCACUGUGCUGGGCUGCUAAUAUUUUAAGGAAGGGCAGACAGGUGUUGACGACAAGUCAGAGUGAGUGGACCAGUCAGAUGGGACAGCUGAAGAUGUUCCUCUUUAAAUUCAAAGCAAGGGAACAAGCCGACCAAACCACACUCAAGCGAACUAAAAGCUAAUUACAUCAAGCUGAGCAGACAGGUGAAUAAAAUCAGGGCAAAACAGAUCAGUUCAACCCGACUAUAUAAUAAAUAAAUAGAAACUCUCUCAUUCUUUUCAACUAUUAACUAUAUAUAGUCUAUAAAUUUGACAGUUGGGUAAAUCUCAUUCUUACUCUUUAAACUACACACAGUUGGGUGUUAUUAGACAGCUGGGAACUCUCUCUAGCUAAUUAUAUACAUCAUAUAUAGAGCCUAUAAAUAGUUGGGAGUCAUAAUAAGACAUCCUCACUCAUACGAGGUAGCUCAACAGGUCCAUAGUUUCCAGAAAAACGUGCUCCUCUUGAAAUUUUUGUAGUUUUCAGCGCCGUCUCAUUCGCAGACUUUCCACACCGGCCUCAAAACCACAGCAGCCGCUCACUAAAGCAUCUCAGUGACUAUUCCCCACAACAUGAACCAGCUUCACACCGUUUGGAAAUACGUCAAUUUGCACUAAAAGGUUCUUGUGUAUUGUAUUAUCUUUUCCAUUAAAGCAACUUCCAAUGUUUCA